AAAGGAAGGAAGGAAAGAGACUAGAAGAGAAGGAUGCCUCUGGAUAUUCCCUUCCUGCUUUGCUUCACAUCCCACUGUAUCUGUAUAUAAAUCCCAUCAGUCCACUUCACUCCCUCGCCCUCUCUCUCUCUCUCUCUCUGAAGCGCCUCUUCCCUCUGUUGACAUCAGUUGCCAUCACAUAAGUGGAAUUUUCUCGCCACCCAAGAAGUUUUAAGUAACCCCAAUGCACCAUUUAUUUAUAUAUAUUGAUAUCCAUUUGAUUUUGUAAGUUCUCUUUCUUUGGUUUUCCUGCGAAUCUGAGGGCGAAGGGGAGAAGGGGGAAAAGGGGAGGAGAAUGGGUAGCUCGGAAGAAGAGAGGCUGGUCCAAAUGGUCCAAGACUUCAUUGAAUCAGACGCACCAUCAAUGCCCAACCCCAUUCCAUCCUCCUCGCAGGCCAUUUCGCUCCACCAGCACACAUGCCUCCUCCUAGAGAGGAUACUUGGGAGUGCUACAGAUGCUGAGAUGGAGAUUUUUGAUAAGGCCUUAAAAUAUGUGAGAAAGAUGGGAGAUGAGAAGAAGCAGAGUAGUGUAAAGAAGAGGCUAAUGAUGAAAUUGAGGAUGGAUGGUUAUCAGGCUUCCCUAUGUAGAUCUUCUUGGGUUUCAACCUUGGAGUGUCCUGGAGGGGAUUAUGAGUAUAUAGACAUUGUGAUGGCAGAGGAGAAUGGUGCCUCAUGCAGGCUAAUAGUAGACAUAGAUUUCAGGUCCCAGUUUGAACUGGCCAGACCCACCUCAGCCUACAUCCAGCUCUCCAACAUCCUCCCCCCAAUCUUCGUUGCCAAAGAAGAGAAGCUUAAGAAGGUGGUCUCCCUCCUAUGCUCAGCUGCACAGCAGUCUCUCAAAGAAAGGGGCCUCCACAUCCCUCCAUGGAGGAAGUCAAGCUACAUGCAUUCCAAAUGGCUCUCUUGCUGCCACAAAGCCUCCACCAUCCCCUUCCCCAACGCUUUAUCACCCACCAAGAAGGAUUUGAUCCAGAAAGGAAGGGAUGCCUCCUCCCAAGCCAACGACGACAGGGGCAGCAGGCCUAAAGGAACACAGGGGUCUGGCCUCUCAAGCCAGUUCUCUGAACUCAGUAUAAAUUGUUGCUGACUUUGAUGUCAUGGAGUGGUAGAUUUUUGGUGAGGAGCCUCAGAGUUUUGGCUUUUUUGGUUGCUUCUCUUUGCACUGAGGCCCUUGACAAGGAGGAACAUCUUUAUAUCUAGUUUUUGCUCAUCUAUAUUAAAAAGAAAGGGCAGUUUCUUAAUUUUGCAAUGUGGGGCCACCUUCUGGAGAAGAGAGAAAGAGAAGGUUUUGACAGCCACUGUAAGUACACAGUGCCA